AUGCCCGUCCAUCACUCGAAAUCCGUGCACACCACCACCACUACCGCCGCCGCCGCCGCCGCCGCCGCCGCCGCCGCCGCCGCCACCACCACCACCACCACCACCACCACCACCACCACCACCACCACUGUUCCAAGCACUAGCACGACAGUCUCGAUCCCAACCGGUCCACAUUGCGUACGCACCUUCAUAUCACACAUCGGCCCUGCCAAUCCAUCGUACUGAGACUGGCACAUCAGUGAAGGCCAAAUUUCGAGUUCGAGGUGUAUGCAUAAGUGACUCCUGUACGAGUCUGAAAGCUCAGGAUAAUAAACGAAGUGUUCCGGUGCUCGAAUCUUCUUCUUCACUUAUGGCACAUCAGUGUCGGGAGCACCAGCGUACAGCCGCUGUAUCCGCCUCAACUGCCUACCGCUGUUCAUUUACAUCCAAGCACCGCAUGGACCUACUCAGCCAUAUGUGCCUCCACGUAAAUGUGUGGAAAAAAACCUUAGUUAGAACCAUAUUACCGCGAAUAUCUCCACCAGCCCAGACAUUCCUCCACAAACCCGCCUCACAUCACUGAUUGCCAGCACAGAAUGGGCACCUCUGUCGCAGUUCGACAGCCUCUUCCCUGGCGCAGUCUGAUGCGCGACCAAUCCCUGCGUGACAUAGGUGGACACACUCGCGCGGUUCUGUCGGCCACUAAGCCCAGUCUUAAGGCCAACUGGUUGACUGGCUCGUAUAGAUGACUGCUGUGCGGUACAUGAAGGAGAGACCGACGCCGCCAUGGAGAUUCAGGUCCAAAUGACACCUCAGCGCAUUCCUCACCAUAAUAAAUCUGAUGCGCUUGAGUCUAUCAUGACGCACCAAACAUAGCAACUUGCUAGUUUGCCAACUGAAGGUCCAACUCAGACACCGCAGUCAGCCCUGUGUGCAUGGGGAGUGGCUGGAUGAUGCGCUGAGAGUCAGGCUAGAGCGGCUCCUACCCAAGUGGCCUCUGUGGCAAUCUGACGCAGGUGAGAUGCGGUCAGCCCACCCCUUUGUGAGAAAGCCUUGUGUAGGCGUGGAGCCAGGUCGUGCGUGGUACACGUACACAUGCUACUGAACUCUGUCAACCCCUUGAACCAAAUCCCACCGUCAGAUGGCUGGCCGGGUUGGACAUUGGCAGAGACAUUCAGCGUCUUCCUCUCGGCAUCAAAAAUAACCCGUUCGAGUUCGGCCUCACGUUUAAUUCGCCUCACUUCUACUUCGGCUAUAUUUAAGGCUUUAACUGUUUUAGUGGAACUACGUCUACUAAUAGAAACGUUCUUACCAAGGCCGUGCCGGACGUCUUUCGUCAACUCUUCCUGUCCUUCGAAGGCACCCCGGUUUGUCUAGUCCGAGAGACUGUUCCGUACCGUCCGAUUCAUUCUACAUGGAACGCGGCUGCAUUUGGUGAGAUUAAUUGGCUAGAUCGCAGUUGAUAGCCAGGACCAGUAUUAUAGAUGGCGGGGGGUUUGUUUACUGGGGCUAUUUUGUGGGGCUCCAUAAUCACACCUGACCCAUUUGGCUUCUGUUUUACGUUUGAUGUUAGAAUUAGGGUACUGUUUAAUGGUUUCCGAUUUUCGGGUUAGGGUUAUGCCUUUAGGAUUAUGUUUUCGGGUUACGGUUGGGGUUUGAGCUAAUCUUAAGGCAGCCAGGCGUGCAGGUGCGAGAUGGCGGGCCGAGAAAGUGUUGGAGGGCGGCUGGUGGAUUAUGUGAGGAAGCACAUCACGCGGUGGGGUAGGGCUUCUGGAUUUUGGACGUAUGUGAUCGGUUUGAUUGGCGAGGAGCUGCUGAAGUGGGCUAAUCGGGUCAGGGUUAGGCACGCCAGAGCUGAGGCGAUGCCUCAUUGGGAAGUGUACCCAGCCAGCGAAGGCGACGGUCUGACUAUACGGUUUGGACUGCUGGCAGUCAGACAGAAGACGACAAUAAAUUCUGCACCGAUAAUGGAACACGGGCUAUCAGCGACUGCAGGACCAAGGCCAAAGGGAAAUUGAAACACCGACGGUCGACUGCUACUGGAGAAAUGGCACUGAUCUGCGCGCUCGUAAUGACGGAGAAAGGGUAGGUUCAGACUCGAGAAUUGCGACUGGGACUGGAGUUGUCCGGGGGAUCGGUUGUCCUGACCUUCGGCCCGGUCCGAUCCAUCUAUUGACGCUGCCUAAAAUCAAAAAGCAGGAGUAAAACAGUAGCCGGCUUUGGCACCAAAUGUGGUACGAUUCCAGCAAGUGAUGGCUGUGUUGAGGGAGUUGAGGAAAUGGGCUGCAUAUUACUCAGGCGGCUGUCGAUCUGAAUGAGCUAAGCAGCCGAGAUAUACAGCGGGAGACUGGGCCAGAAGAGGGCGUCAAAUGUGUUGCAAUGCUGGUUGAAGAUGGCUCAUUGUCAUCCACUGGCUGUGUGAGGACUGAGCCACAGGCAUGGGUACGUCCAACCAAAUACUAAUUUGUUCCAUGAAGACACGGACGUAACUUUCUGGUUUAGGACUGGCAAAUGUCCGCAGAACCAGCAGCUUCUCUGAGCGCCUCGCAGUAUUGCAGCCUCCCCGAUGGUGUCUUUCAGGAGGCGAAGAUUACAAUGCACUUUUUAUGUCACAACGAUGCCUAGCGCCAGUUUAAUCAUCAGUCUAUAUCAGACUCUUAUGUUAUUGGCAUGUUCUGAAGGGGAAUAUUCCUCGGUACUUUGACAGAUGAGCUGAAUUACAUUUUUGAAUUUUCACCAUGUUAGAGACUACUUCGACUGAGAAGCUCUCGUGACCCCAGGCGAAAUUCUCUUCAUCUUACGAAGUCGGCGGGAUCGGUCAUGCUUGUGGGAUGCAACCAUAUGUUCGAACGGAGGCCUAGCGUCUUUCAAUAUUUCGGACUCCGUAGGAUGUCUGCUUUUGAAUACACUGCUUUCCAAUCUCCUGUAGGAACGUACUCGGCAAAAAAGGAUUACUUAAUUAGCAUGCAUUUUGCCAUUGGUUUCUAAUGGUCUUUCAAAUUCAAAUAUACUUUAUAGAAACCAUGAAAAAAUACGCUUUCUUUCAGCCGUUUGAUAGAGAAUUUCUUCACCUUUAUAUUUUGUGCUCUAAGAAGAAAUAUAAUAAGGUUUUAAAAACGUUUUUGAUUGUCGGACCUAAAAGCCACACCUAGGCGUACCACUGCAUCCCCUGGUCCAUAGGCGGCUGGCGUUCUGAGUGAGCUGAGCAGCCGAGAGAUAGAGCGUAUUUGCGUGGUGUGGCCGACUGGUUAGCUGAGAGCCAGACUCAAUUGCUUCUUCUUACUGCGGCCACUAUUGCAUUCUCGUGCAUGCGAGGCCUCAGUCGUCCACCCCCUUUGUGCGGAAUCGGGGUGUUUUAUUCGGGCGACCAUGCCAUAUGUGGCACACACAGUCGAGCUCACUAGCUCUGCUAGGCCCACUGCCCAGUCUCAGCACCAGACACCUGACCGGCUAGGAAGGAGGACUGAUUCCCGAGAGGAGGAAUAUAGAGUGUGGGGCUGACACUCUCAGUGCACAUUCCUCACUCUGAACACUGACGUGCUUUUAAGCUAUCCGGAUGCGUUAAAAGCCCUGACUUGGAAGACUGCCAACUGGUGGGAUAACUCAGCGCUCCUCCCUAGCAGGAGAAAAACGAUGCAGAGGCUCUUUCUUAGUGUCGCCUACACAGCACUCCCCUCAGAUGGCAUCCGGCCCGUCGCCUUCUUGUUUGGGUGGAAACCUAUUCGGAUCAGGCGUGUGCGUCAUGCGUAAAUGGUCGGUUUAGUUUUGUCAGCCAAUGCACCCGAUGCCGCCUCCGGUCCUCUUGACUCCGUCUCGACAUCGGGCUCAGGAGGGCGGGGGGAAGAGAGUAGAUGCUGUGGAUGCGACACAAGUCUACUAUUAAUAAAAACCAUUCACAGGCAAGUCACCGUCCCUUCGCAGACCAUUCAGUGAGGCAAAUGGUGGACAUUGUUGGUGAAAACUACCGAACCGUCGGGUGUCAGAUUGUUGUCGAGGUUGACUGUGCAUUCGCCAUGACGUCAUAACUCAUGCAGGUCCUCAGUAUCAAGAGUCUAUCCACAAGUUGUGUGCUACUUUGCUUAAGUUUCAACUUCACCAUUUGGUGAAGCAUCCGGUGUUUUAUGACACAAGUCGUCUUGAUUGUCAUGGCACCUCGAAUGCCUGACUGGCGAUUGCAGGCACAUUAACUUCAUUGUCAAUGCUUGGGCAUGGGGUAUGCCAUUGAUUUUUUGUGUUUGUUUGGAGAGAUUAUUGGUGACAGUUGGGGCAGUUGCAUCGUGAAAACCAGAAGAUUGGUGCAACUUCCUUGAGAAUCCGUGCUCUCUCUGCAUACUACCAGAACAUAAAAUGUGCAUAAUUGGCUUGCACAGCUGUUCCUUUAAACAGUUCGUGCAUCAGAGUCCGAGGAAAUUCUAAUGGUCUAAUUGCCUCCCAUGACAGUUCGGUCAUCGUUUCCGACGAUGUUCACUGCUUGCCGCCUCAACAGAGUGGACGCAGGGACGGUGACUUGCGCGGCAUCCACCACACUCUCUCCUCCUCCUCCUCCUCCUCCUCCUCCUCCCCAUCUGGGUUCUGUGUCAUGGCUAAGCCAAAAGGCCGCAACUGGCUGGCAUGA